UCCUUCUUUUUCUGUACGUUGCUUUUAUUCAUUUAGUGAAAAAACAAAAGUGAAAAGCAUAGGAAAAAAAUAUAAGAUAUAUUCUAUAUCUAUAUAAAAACAAAUACAACAUGUAGUAAUUUGAAUAAAGAAACAAAAACAUUUACAUUUUAACUAUGACCAGAUUUUCUUCUUCGCUCCUGAAAUGUACAACGUGAGGGUGGAUCAUGUGACCUUGUUGCCAUGGCAGCGACUCGUGUUUACGGCUGCCUCACUGUGCUAGCUAGUUAGCUCGCUAGCUCCCUUCUCUCUCCGCCGCAUCCCCCUGAGAGUCCGCGCAGAACGAUGGCGCCGAAGAAGAGCAAGAAGUCCGGGAAGGGGAAGACAUCCUCGGUCGUGGACGGCGUGUCCACGGAGGAGAUGUCCAAGGACCAGCUGGAGGAGCACAUCAUCCGCCUCCGAGAGGAGCUGGACCGGGAGCGGGAGGAGCGCAGCUACUUCCAGCUGGAGCGGGACAAGAUCCAGGCCUUCUGGGAGGUGUCCAAGAGGAACCUGGAGGAGACCGAGGCCCAGCUGAGGAACCGCAGCAGGGAGCGGGAGGAGGCCGAGGAGCGCCACCGGGUGGAGAUCACGGUGUACAAACAGAAGCUGAAGCGCGUCCUGGCCGAGCACCACGCCUCCUCCUGCCAGGUGAAGAUGGAGGCGGUGGCCUCCUCCUCGCUGACCCAGGACCAGAGCCGGAGGUCCGAGCUGAGGCAGCGUCGAGACCUGGGAGGAGUUCAGUCUGAAUUCAGGGAGAAGAAGCUCCACAACGACGCCUCCAUCAGGGAGCUGAAGCUGAAACACCAGGUGGAGCUGAUGGAGCUGACCAACCAGUACCAGAGCAGGAUCACAGAGAUGGAGGUCCGGUCCCAGCAGCAGCUCCAGUCCCUCCAGGAGGCCGGGGAGAGGAGGCGCAGGCUGGAGGUGGAGGAGGUGGAGGAGAGGAUGAGGAGUCGCGUGGAGGCUCUGGUGGAGGAUCAGGACCGAGCUCUGCGAGGAGCCGAGGAGUAUUUCUCCGGAGUUCAGGCCAAACUGAUGUCGGACCAGAAGCUGCUGAAGGAGGAGCUGGCCGAGGCCCAGAAGCGUCAGAGCCGAGCGGAGAAGGAGCUGUCGGCCGCCCAGAAGGAGAACCAGCGUCUGACGGAGGCUCUGAACGAGGCUCGGCUCCAGCUGCCCCGACUCCAGAGACGCCUCCAGGAGCACGAGGAGGCCAAGGCGCGGGCCGUGGUGAGUCGAGCUCAGGUGAAGCUGAUUGAGAAGGAGCUCAGAGACCUGACGGUGGAGCAGGAGCUGCUGCUGGACGCCUUCAACAAGAUGGAGCGUGAGCGCGACGAGCUGCUGAGGAGGCAGACGGACGCCAUCUUGGACGUCCAGCAGAGGAGCAGCAUGAAGGAGCUGGUGCUGGAGCGGAAGAUGGAGGCUCUGAGCCAGACGCUGGAGAGGAAGGAGGCUCAGCUCUGCGCCGCGCUCUCCGCCUCCAACGUCGACCCGGCGCUGGGCAGCAGCGCCUCCAACAGGCUGGAGGAGAUCCUGGAGUCUAAGCAGAGGACCAUCGCCGUCUUACAGGAGGACGUGGCCAGACAGCGUGAGGAGUACGACAGGAUGCUGCACACCUGUAAGGAGAGGCUGAAGUCUACGGGGGCCCCUCUGCACCACUUCAGACCCUCGGAGCAGAUCCUGAACUCAGCGACGCCCCCCUAAGACCGACGGCUUCACAACGAGUCCACGUGAGGACUCUUUAAUCGUCCUGCUGCUGAGAAUCAUGUGUUUUAGAAGUAGCGAAAAACACAAGUUACUAAUGUAACCCGGGUUCUGUGAGUGUGAGUGAUCACCAGCGAUCAGGGGAAAAGAGUCUAAGAGGCGCUCAGGAAAACUUUGACUAUCAUUGUUGCUGCUUUUUGGUCAUCAUUUGUUACACAUUAUGACGGCAAAGAGACAAAACAAACAAAAACGACAACUGUUUGUGUAAGUGCUUUAAAUUGAACUGAUUGAGCCACAGUGCAUCAAACAUCUAUAUUCUCAUGAGGUGUUGAACAGAAAAGGUUUCUUAGUGUCAUAGUUGAACGAAUCCAGAUAAAAAUAAACAAAAACCUACUCUG